UAAAAUAAAUAGUUUUGGUUGGGUUGGGCGUUAGGUAUAUUGAUCGUUUUAGUACAUACCUACGUUACAUACAGUUUUGUAAUUGUUUUUUAUUAUACGCGUAUUUUCCAUUGGAAUAACUGUUUUUCUGUUAUUAGCAAAUAAAGUGAUAGUAAUAAUGAGGUCUUCUUACAUUUUAGUACUACACGUUAUCGUUACUCUAAGCACAUUGAAGUUUGUUGAUUCGAUAAACUGUUAUCAAUGUUCCGGGAGCGAUUCUGACAACCCUUUUGAAUGCAACGAGUUCUUGGAUAGCAAUACAGAAUUGAUGCCAGUUAACUGCUCCAAUAUUCCUGAUGCUCAGUAUUGUAUAAAACAUGUAGGGCGAAAUGGAGGUUUAGCCAUAGAUUGCUAUCAGUGCAAUUCAUCAUCAACAAUGGAGUGUGGGGACGGGUUAAUGAACCUGGAUGGAGGUGUUCUGACUCCAACAUCCUGUGAACAUGUGCAUAAUGCACAAUACUGCAUUAAACUAACAGGUGGAAUAAGUACAGUUCGCUACUGCUCCUCCCUAGAUCUUGGGACCUAUUGCAACUAUGUACAGCAAGUUGGUGAUAAACUUGAAUACAGAACAUGCAUUUACACGUGUAGCUCUGAUGGAUGCAAUGCAGCUUCCACUUUGGGUGUACCUUUGUUCCUGAUAGGAUUAGCUGCUUUGGGACACAUUCGAAUUUGAUAAUACUGGAGGCCAGAUUUGAAUUUUAUCAAUUUCAAUUGCAUUUAGCAGCUUUAUGUAUAUUAUGUACAGUAUUUUUUAUCACAAAAGAUUGAUUAAUUGUCCGUCCAGCCCUGUAAGGUUUUUAGUUUUAAGUAUCUAUAUAUACUACAUAUACAUUUUUCGAAUUUUUGACAUUUGUAAUAAUUAAACAAUAAUGACAUUGCAAUUUUUUACGAUUGUAGACUGAUUAGAAUUACUUGCAAAAUUAAAACUACAAUAAACUUUUAUACCUACCUCUACACUUAGAUUUUUUUUUACUAUUCAAAUAUUAAUACUUUUGUACUUGAUUUCCAUUUUUAUAAAGCCUGAAACGCAGGCUAAACUGUCGGAUUAAUUAGGGUGAAACUUUGUAAAUUGAUUAAGGCGAUAUUUUUUUCAAUCACCCUCCAAAGGGCUGUAAAACUUUUUGCCGCAGGCAGAGCUAGAAGGAUCUAGGAGAGAGAAAUCUAGGAGAUUGUAAAAAAAAAACUAAAAUCUAUGUACUGUUCAAACAUUUAUUGAAAAUUUGUGCUACAUAAGCAUGAUAUAAAAAUACAUAAUAAAUAUUAACACCGACUUAGCCACAUAAUUAUAAUCCAGCUAAUGCACAAUAAUACUUUCAUUUUCACUUAACAUACUAAAAUUAUGCUUUGAUAUUGGAAUGUCAAAAAUAUUACAUAUGCGACAUACUUCUUGACCAAAUGACCACAGCCGUAUGUACACAUUAUUUUUUAUGAAAAUAAUUCAUCUUGCGUUACAAUCUAUCGCUUCGACAGAGAGAUGCAUGUAUGAGACGAAACCCUUUCGGUCGCAGCGAUAGGUUGCAACGUUUUAAUUCUAAUUUUGAAAUGUAUUCUUCCGACACUUUCGUUUCCAGCAUAGUGAUUAUUUUUAUGAAUAAAUGACAUAAUUUAUAGGCUGAAAUUAGUCAUAUGAUUUUAAUUUACUGCACAACUGCAUGGAUUCAAUCCAAACCGCCGCAAACAUUCCAUUAAAAGUUAAAUACUUAUUAGUCAAGAAAAGGCUCUAGCACCCGAGAUCUAACUUUACUAGAUGCUACUGAAAAUCUUAGCCCUAUUAUGUACACAAAAAGUUCAGGUAACUUUUUUGUACAAUUUCCUUCCAUCGACCGUCUAAAACAUACAAAAAAGUAAAUGCUUCAUAUAAAACAUUUGAGACUUAUCUCGUCAUAAAAAUAGUAAACACAAACACAAUUCAUAAAAUAAUAACAGGUAACACAAGUUUACACAAUAAUGUAAAUCAGACUAUUUAUAAUCACUAACAAGAUGUCAACUAAAUUCAUAAAACUGGAAAUAUAAUUCACAAUCGUGCUUCAUUAAUAAUGUGCCUGUCAGCAAACUGAACAACGUAAAACUAUAAAGAUUAUCAAAACCCUGAUUUUGAUUGCACAAGAU